AUGACGAUCACGGUGCGUUCGUUGACUCUGACGGCGAUGAUCUUCCUUCAGGCGGUCUUCUGCCAAGACAUACCCUACUACAUGCAUCGAUGUGAAAGGGACGCGCCGGAUGUGAACGACUGUCUGCGAUAUGCUGCGAACAAGCUGGCCAGUUUCAUUCGCCGAGGAAUCCCUGAAAUCGGUGUCGUUGAUGUGGAACCCGUCGUGGUGGAUGAGAUCAGCAUCGCGCUCGGCAGCGGACCGGACGGCUAUCGGGCCAGCUUCCGCAACAUCGAGGCGUACGGCGUGAGCAACCUGUCCAUCGUGAACGUGCGCUCCGACAUCGACUCCAUGCAGUUCCAGAUGACGAUCGAGAUCCCGAAAAUCAAAGCGACCGCCCAGUACCGGUCGUCCGGGGUGCUGCUGCUCCUGCAGGCCUCCGGCGCUGGCGAGUACUGGGGCGAGUACGAGGGCGUCAAGGCGAAAACUUACUUCAAGGCGACCCCGUACCAGGGCAAUGACGGACAAACCUAUCUAACGGUUGACCAGACGAAAAUGGACUUCAGCGUGAAGGAGAUCAAGAUGGGCGUGGAGAACAUCGCCAACCAGAACGCCAUCAUUCACGCCGCGAUGAAUCUGUUCAUCAACACGAACGCCCAGGAGCUGCUGAAAGAGAUGAAACCCCAGCUGCGGACGAAGCUGACCGAACACUUGCACUCCUUCCUGCAGCAGAUCUUCGAUCGUAUUCCGGUGGAACAGUGGUUGGACUAG